AUGAGGUUCGUGACGGAACUUGUUGCGCUCGCCGAGCUCCUACGUCCGUCCGUCCCGUCCCGAUCCCUCGCAGCAGAGGCUGCUUGGCCACAACACUCCGUCGACACCGAUCGCUUUCUACUUCAGCUCGAUUUGGGAAAGGGCCGACAACGGCGGACGAGUGUCGCAUCGCCAUUUGUCUGCCCCGAGGGCAUCCACGCUUCCUGUCAACUCGCCACCGUUUUCUCGCUUGUCGGAGACCAGCUCUACGCCGACAAGCGACUAGUCGCCACGGAUGGCGUGGUCAAGCAGCAGCCCCUGGUCGAGGAUCCAGCCCCGAGGCGUGCCAACAAGAGUAUCGCCAACGGAUUUCAGCUGUUUGGCAAUGUUCUGAUCUGGAGGCAUGCGCAGUUCCCCGGUGGAAGCGCUACCUUUUGUCUGUCGACGUCCAAUACGAUCGUGGCCGUCUUCCACCCGACGAGUACCCCGGCUGGUUGCAUCCCUGUCGAGCUCGUGUACGCCUCCUAUGCUCAAUGCUCCCCACCCGUCUCCAUCAUGAUCAACGUCGCGUCGGCCGACGAAGGCUCCUUUCGAUCGGCGGAACGAGUGGAACCGGGCGCAUCCGACACAUCGAGGGGGGCGCUGCUCGCCGGCCCAGACAUGGUGCGGAAUACACCACUUGAGGGUGCGGCCGGGUCGGCUAGGGCAUCAACGUCAAGUUGGCCGGGCCUGCCGGUCGUUUCGGAGCCAAAGUCUGCCGACGGAAAUAGCCCGUGGGCCAUGGCAGGGCAGGCCAGUACUUCGAGGCCGCUUUUGGAGCAUGCGGUCAUUGCGGGCGCUGCUAAUUCCCACAUGCCACUUCAAGGUCAUGCAGUAGGGGCACCGAGACUGCUCUCUCCAGGACCCAACACCCCUGGCCUAGCUGGCCUUGCAGACAGUCCAGCUCCGGGGACAGUCGUCGCCACCGCCCCGGGAGCGCCGGGAGCGCCGGGAGCGCCGGGGGGUUCCACUAGUGGUCCUCCGGGACGUGAUGGCCGUGAUGGCCGAGAUGGGCCUCCUGGGGAAGCAGGUAAAGUGGGAGAGAAUGGAGCGAACGGCGAGAACGGCAUCAACGGCAUCAACGGCAUCCACGGCCAGAAUGGUCGGCAUGGUCGGAACGGUUCACCCAGCGCAUCCGGGAACAGCACUUUCAUUCAUUUUCAGGGCCCUCCAGGACCAGCAGGUGCCAACGGUGCGACGGGCGCACAGGGACUGACGGGCGCACCAGGGCAGGCCGGUGACAAGGGCCAGGCUGGUCCUGCGGGCCGAAAGGGAGCCGACGGGGCCCAAGGACCGACGGGCGCACAAGGUCAAGCCGGCGAGAAGGGCGACAAAGGGGACAAGGGCGACCCGGGCCAGGCUGGUCCUGCGGGCCGGAACGGAACCGACGGUGCCGAGGGCGGUGCCGAGUACACGUCGACGUAUGGCUACCUCGGCUGCUACGUUGCCAACCCGGACCUCAAUUACGGCAUCGCCCCGUUCACGGCGCAAAAGGUGCUGACUACCUCGGUCGAUGACUGUGCCACCUACUGCGCCAACCAGCCUGCCGGUCGGACGCUGUACUUUUCCCUCGGCACCAGUCCAGAGGGCAGGUCGAUGUGCUCGUGCGGAAACGCGCUCAACGCCUACAACUAUCGUUACGUCGGCAUGGACUUUCACUGUUCUACCCUCUGCAACUUUGACGCACCGUCGACGGACUACUGUGGUGGCCAGUUCGGGGCGAGUCCGCUCGUCGUCGUCUUCGGCGCCAUCUAG